UAAAAUUUUAAAAUUGUGGGUUAAUCUUAUCCGGACCGAUCAAAACCUAAAACCCUGAACCUCUCCUGAUUCCUAAAACCCCAUCUCACAAACUCUCAUCUUUAAUGUCUUCUUUUGGCCGUCUUUACAAAUUCUUCUCCACCGCCGCACCGGCCGUGUCAGAGACAACCAUCUCCGCCACCAAGCAAGCCAUAGCUACAACUCCAAAGCCCAACAAACCCACCAAGCCCACCUCACAAGCAGCUAGACUCAAGCAAUUAGCCAAGAAUUUCAAGAAAUCAUCUAAAAACCCAAGCUUUCGCUUACGAAUACCUUACUAUGAGUCCACUGUCUAUCGUCUCGCUGCUGCCAAACAGUUUAAUUUGAUUCAAGAUAUUCUUGAGCAUCAGAAACAGUUUGAUAGCAUUACUGAUGAGCGUUUUACGGUUCGUCUCAUUUCAUUGUAUGGUAAAGCUGGGAUGUUUGAUAAUGCCAGUAAGCUGUUUGAUGAAAUGCCUGAACUAAAGUGUGAGCGUACGGUUAUUUCGUUUAAUGCCCUUCUUGCUGCUUGUGUUAAUUGUAAGAAAUUUGAUAAAUUGGAGGCUUUGUUUCGUGAUUUGCCGGGGCAGUUGGGUAUUAAGCCCGACAGGGUCUCAUAUAACACGCUUAUUAAGUCGUAUUGUGUGAUGGGGUCGGUGGAAUUGGCUGUUGGAGUGAUUGAGUUGAUGGAGAGUAAAGGGUUGGCGCCUGAUUUGAUUACAUUUAACACAAUUUUUGAUGCGCUAUAUCGGAACAAGAAAAUGGAUGAUGCUGAGAAAUUGUGGGUGUUGAUGGAAAGCAAGAAUGUGAUUGCGAAUGUAAGGAGUUAUAACCCGAAGUUGCGAGCAUUGGUAGCGGAUGAGCGGAUUUCGGAAGCUGUUGAGUUGAUUGAAGAAAUGAGGGCCAAGGGGGUGAUGCCUGACAUAUAUAGCUUUAAUGCCUUGAUUCAAGGUUAUUGUUUUGAGAAGAAUCUUGAACAAGCUAAGAGGUGGUAUGGAGAGCUCGCAAAAUGUGAUGUUUCUCCAGAUCGUAUGACUUAUGAAAUAAUGCUCCCAUUUGUUUGUGACAUUGCUGAUUUUGACUAUGCUUUUCAGCUCUGCAAAGAUGUUCUUAAUUCAAAACAUCGUGUUAGUAUGUCAGUGAUUCAGCGUGUGGUAGAUGGAUUGGCUACAGAUCUAAAAUCUGAAGAAGCAGAAGUGCUUGUUGAUUUGGCGGAUACGAAUAAUUACUUUCACUAUAAGCUCAAACUUCCAGCAGAAUAGUUAGUAAUGUUUUUUGUAGGAUGGUCUAAUAAUGCUUUUACUUUACUUAUAUGGAGAUUUCUGUUUUGUGUUUUC